UAUCUUGAAUGCUCCGUAUCUACAUAGAAACACAGAGUGGUAUAAAAGAACGAGCAUCUCAGACCAAUCUUCACAAUAUCCUCCGAUUGCAUCGUUGAAUUAGUACGAACAAAUUGUCUCGACUGAACAACAAUGGCCGCUAAUAUGAAGAUUGCGUUUCUUCUUUUCGCUUUGAUGUUUGUGACUGUCACUUUGGCCAAGAAGUCCAAAGGUUACAACUACUAUAGCUAUCCAAGCUAUGGUUACUCAAGCUAUAGCUACCCAAGCUAUGGCUAUGGAGGAUAUGGUGGAUACAGCGGUUACGGCAACAAAGGUUACGGCUACAGCGGAUACGGCCAAAGUGGUUAUGGAGGUUAUGGCUCUGGAUACGGAUAUUCUGGCCACCGCUAUGGCAGCUCGUACGGUUACUAAGCUAUUGUUGGAUUCAGCAAUGAAUAUGAUACAUUUCUAUCUCUAUUUAUCGUAACUGAUAUACUUUAAUUCUUCCGUGGCCUGGUCACUUGUUUUAUUUAAUACAAAAUUCAUAACGCAUUAAAAA